GCUCCGGCAACAAGAUCGCCAUCUCUUGUGAAAUGUGGAGUGAGGGAGAUACCAUACAAGGAGGUCUGCUGCCAAAGAAGGUCAGCCCAGGGAAAACUAAACUUCUGGCACUUGGCAAGGCAUUUCCCAACCAACUUGUGAUCCAAGAGUAUCUUGUUGAUGGCUACUUCAGGAACACCAAUUGUGAUGAUCCUGACCUCAAGCAAAAGCUUGCCCGACUAUGCAAGACCACAACAGUCAAAACACGGUACGUAGUCAUGUCAGAAGAGAUUCUGGCCAAGUAUCCAGAGCUUGCAGUUGAAGGCCUGCCCACUGUAAAGCAGCGGCUGGAUAUCUCAAACAAGGCAGUCACACAAAUGGCCAUUGAAGCUUCACAAGCUUGCAUCAAGAACUGGGGAAGGCCUAGUUCAGACAUAACCCACUUGGUCUAUGUGUCUUCAAGCGAAGCCCGGCUGCCCGGAGGAGACCUCUACCUUGCCAGAGGACUUGGGCUUAGCCCCGAGGUCCGUCGAGUGAUGCUCUACUUCAUGGGUUGCUCAGGAGGUGUCGCAGGCCUCCGCGUUGCCAAGGACAUUGCAGAGAAUAACCCCGGCAGCCGUGUUUUGCUAGCAACUUCUGAGACAACCAUUAUAGGGUUCAAACCUCCAAGUGCCAACCGCCCAUAUGAUCUUGUGGGGGUUGCCCUCUUUGGCGAUGGUGCUGGAGCCAUGAUUCUUGGCAGAGACCCCAUACCUGGCAUCGAGAGGCCUCUCUUUGAGUUGCACACUGCAAUACAAAACUUCUUACCCGACACUGAGAAGACGAUAGACGGGCGGCUCACAGAAGAAGGAAUCAACUUUAAGCUAGAGAGGGACCUUCCUAAUAUAAUUGAAAAUCACGUACAAGGUUUCUGUGAUAAAUUGAUCCAGGCAGUUGGGUCGGGGUCGUCCUACGAUGAUAACGAUUAUAACAACAUGUUCUGGGCCGUUCAUCCGGGUGGGCCGGCAAUCUUGAACCGGUUGGAAAAGAGGCUCAACUUGUUGCCUGAGAAGCUGAGUGCUAGUAGGAGAGCUCUGAUGAACUUUGGGAAUGCAAGCAGCAACACGAUUGUGUAUGUUCUUGAGUAUAUGGUGGAAGAAAGCUUGAAGAUGAAGAAGGAAGGAAAACAAGACUCCGAGUGGGGUCUCAUACUUGCUUUUGGACCUGGAAUUACCUUUGAGGGGAUUCUUGCUAGGAACCUCCUUGUCUAAGAGUAGUUUCUCUCUCUAUCUUUUUCCCUGCUUUCUCUUUCAUUUUAUGCUAAACUGAACCAAUUCAAUGAUUCUUAUUAAGGAACAUAUUCAAGUAUUUUAAUGUCUGUUGU